AUGCUGAUAUGGCUUGAAAACGCACCUGUAUUUGGUGUCGAUGAAGAUGUAGUUGCAUUCAUUGACCGAAUAAUAACUUGUAGUAGACCAGAUAACAACUCGGAAUUACUCGAACUUGUAAACCGACAAACUCACAGACAUUCUCACACAUGCCGAAAAAAAUCAAAAAAUGUUUGUAGAUUCAACUACCCCCAACCACCCAUCAGAUCUACACAGAUACUCUAUCCACUUGAUGAUGAUACAUCUCAGACUGCCACAAGAAACAGGAAAGACUUGUGGAAAGACAUUAAAACUAAACUAAAUGACCUAAAAGAAGGUAAAGACAUAACAUUUGACCAACAGCUACAAGAGUUAGAUGUUUCAGAACAUGAAUACAUGCUUGCUAUCCGUUCAUCCCUCAGCUGUAUAUAAGUUUUUAAACGGAAAUAAGUUUUUAAACUCGGUAGAAAUAAGCGCACAAGAGGCGGUGUAUAUUAUUUUACAACUUCCAAUGCGAAAUGUGGUGUUCAUAAACACAUCUCCCCCACAUGACCGGGUUGAAUUACUAAAACCACCGAGUGAAAUUGAGAAAAUGUCAGAUGACUCUGAGGAAAUUCAUUCUGGUGGUCUACUGAAACGAUACACUGAGCGACCCGAUUGUUUGCAAAACACUACUUUAGCUGAUUGGGCAGCAUGGUAUGAUUCUUGUGGACAGAACAAAUACAAGAAAACACACAAAAAGGCUGAUGUCGACAAUCUUCCGUUGGAAGAUGUAGAUGGAAAUAACGAAGAUGAGUUUCAUGAUGAAAACACUGAAACUUGUGUUUCUACUAUAAACUCGAUUAAAAAGAGAUCCCAAGCUAGAAUCAUCCGAAGUGUUUGGUUCAAUAAAGAAGCUCAACCAGAAAAACAUUAUCGAGAGUUGAUAAUGCUGUUUACCCCAUGGCGAAAUGAGCAAACUGAUUUAAUGCAAAACUAUUCUUCUUUUCAAGAACACUAUAUAGCUCGGUAUGACGAGAUAGGCGAGCAGAUGAGACAAUAUGCAGUCUGUAGUGAAGACUUAAAUGAAAUUCAACAUCACUUACAAGAAUGUGAUGAUGAUGUGUUUGACACAAUAGCACCAGUUACACAAGAUACUGAAUGUCAAGAUGAGGAUGAAGGUAACACAGACACACAUCCAGAUUUGAAUGAAACUUAUGAUCUUUCUGAGGAUUUAGGUAUACCAUCAUCCUUCCUGAAUAGUGAACCACUCAUUUUAAAUGAAAUGCAAGAUGAUGAAUAUCAUGGAUUGGCCCAAAUGCUUAAUAAAAAACAGAGAAUUUUUUUACCAUGCUUUGCAUUUAAUUAA